AUGGCGAAAAACCAGCGACAGAUUCAUCGUCUGCUGAGGAAGUCGAUUAUUGGGCAACUUCCUGACACCCAAUUUUACCUGUUUUCCAAUCAAUCAAAGCGCAAGGGCAACAUUACCAAGCUCAAAACAUUGUUCGCCGAACAUGAAGUCCUCGCCGUGGGUUCAGAGUAUUUCAGCAACUUAUUUGCUGCUAAACAAACACUCGAUGAUCCUGCUAUUGUCAGAUUCCAAGGCGGCCGUCACAUGUGUGAGGAAGGGAUUUCUAUUGACGAAUAUGGCUAUGCCUCUGAUAGUGACCUUGGUGAAGAAGAUGAGGAAGUUGAUGAAACUGUUCAAAAUGAUCCAGAUGAGAAGUGUGGAAAUGUCUCUACGGAACGAAUGGCUCAUACGACUGACGAGAAUCUAGUCACAAAGGAGCCACAAUGCACCAUUCCAAGCCGUGUAUUAGUAACAGAUACUGCAUUCAAAACGUGGCUGGCUUUGUUGUACUAUAUGUACACCAACGAGAUUGCUUUUGCACCUUUGCGAUCGCAGGGAAGUAGCACAGCAAGGUAUUGCAGCCUCAAUGAAGCCCCACUAUGUUCACCAAAGUCUAUGUAUCGCCUAGCGUGCAAGAUAAAGCAUGAUAGGUUACAGGCCAAAGCGCUUGCUGCUAUACGAUCUAGUCUGACCGAGUACAAUAUCCUACGUGAAUUCUCUUCAUCUCUGACAUCCAGAUUUCCUCCCAUUUUUGAGAUGGAAGUUGAGACCGUGUUUCAGCUUAUUUCCACUCCUACUAGGCGGCCUAUCAUAAGAGACUUUCCGACACUUAUCCCAAGGAUUGUUGGCGCUGAUCUCCCAUACGGGGCUGGUAUCCCUCUUGAUACUAAUAUUCAUCCCGACGAAACUCCAGGUAUGAAUGAAUAG